AUGGCCGUGUUACUGUGCGUACUCGUGUCUGUGAUUGCUGCUAACUAUGUUCUAGGUGUUUCACUGAAUAUUUCUGGGUCUUCGUCUCAUGCAGUGUUGAACGAGCCGUUUACAUUCACCUGUACAGUCUCACAGGCGGCUGGUAUCAGUGAUGCAGUAUAUAUUUAUAAGAAAACAAAGGCUACUUUGCUUGCACCUUUCUACCAGUCUGGUUCUUCAUGUACUGUGUUAUCUGGUCCACCACCAGGUUACACUGCGACCUGUGGGAGUGGAACAGACAGCAGCUCGUCCUCCACCAAGAACUAUAUAUUAAAGAUUAACAGAACUGCAGAACAUGAUGAUACAGACUGGUGGUGUUUACUGAAUACAGCUAGAACACGCAGUCACAACUUCAGUCUGGAAGUUUAUAGUGGUCCAGACUCUGUCACAUUCAGUCCUCCAUCACCUGGUGACGUCACAGAAGGAGAGGAUCUGACUGUGAACUGUUCUGCUGACUGUAAUCCACCAUGUGGCUACUCCUGGACACUGGGAACUCAGCAACUCUCGUCAAGUUCUCUGUUAACACUGACAAACAUCAAUAGAACCCAGGCAGGAGUUUACAUGUGUACAGCGAGCAAUACUUUUAUACCAAAAUCGAAAAGUAAACACUUCAAUCUGACAGUUUAUUAUCCACCAAGAGAAGCUCCAGUUAUAUCAGGAACAGGAUUCCCUGUGUUAGAGGGUGACGUCAUAACACUGCACUGUUCUACAACAGGUGGAAACCCGAAACCAACCCUGACUUGGUUAUGCCCUGGAGGGUCUACUCCUUGUUCUAACACUGACAGUGGAGAAACCAGAACCUGUACAAUAUCAUUUACAGCCAACAGACGUCAUAAUAACGUAGACUGUGUGUGUACUCCAUCCUGGCAGUAUGGUGCAUACACUGAGAGUAAAUCCAGGAAGAUGAUCAUUUACUAUCCUCCUGGCACACCGAGUUUGUAUCCAGGUUCAUCACAUCCAUGGCUUGAAGACAGAACAGCUUCACUGAUUUGUUCUUUACCAAGCGGAGAUCAAGGAAACCCAGAGGCUACCUUUCACUGGAUUAGAAAUAACAAUGAUAUAGAAAAACACACAGGAUUCAACUACACGUUCACACCAUCAAAGGAAGACAACGGAGACGAGUACAGGUGUACAGCUGGGAAUCUCUUCACAGACAGAGACGGACAAUCGAGACCUGUGUCUAGACCAGUGCAGCUCAAUGUGUACUAUUCCCCCAGAAUACAAAUAAAGAUGUUGACUCCAAACACUCACAAGGAAGGUGAUGACCUGGACUUGACCUGCACAGCAGACAGCAAUCCCAGUUCACAGCGAGUCAAGUGGAUCUAUGGAGGACAUGAGAUCAGUGGUGGAAACUUGAGAUUAACAAACCUAAACAGAACUGAUCAUGGACAGUACAGAUGUAAUGUAACAGUAGCUGCUGGUUCCUACGGAAAUCUGACAAACUCGAGUAACAUCCAAGUUGUUGUGAACUAUGCUCCUUAUGUGACCUUCCUUUCUUUAAAUUCAACUGAAAAUUACUCAUCAACUUUUACGUGCCCUGCUGAUGGUCGCCCGGGCAACAUGAACUUCAGACGUUUCAGCCAUUACUGGAAUGACGUGUUUAUCCGGGAUGUGUCCGGCACACCUGUUGGACAUAAUGAAACCAGACUGACAUUUAAUCGUGCUACAUAUGAAGACAGUGGGACGUACUACUGUACUGUUGAUAAUGGAGUUCCAGACAGGUCGGGAACUAAACAACAGACAGCAAGCAGUUAUGUCUACAUCAGAGCAACACCAAAGAUUACUAAGGAAACUGAGCUUCAUAUUCCUGUGGGUGCAGAAAUUGGAAAACCAGCAAUACUACAGAAAACUGUGUUUUCCAAACCAGAUGAUAUUAGUUUCAAUUGGAACAGAUCUGAUAGCAAGUCAACCUUUAAUUAUACAAAUAUUGAGCCAGAAAACAUUACUCUGGAAAUAUAUGGUAAAACAGUAAAGGACUCAGGCUACAGAAUCACGCUCAAUAUCACCUCAUUCUCACCGAAUGACACAGGAACCUACACGCUGAAUGUCUGUAAUGAUGUUGGAUGUUCUCAGUUUUCUGUAAAGCUGACAGCAGCAGGACCACCUCUUCCUCCAAAAGAGUUCCAACAAGAAGGGGAAUCAUCUCACACAGUAAAGUUGUCAUGGCUAUCUAACUAUCCAGGCGGAAAUUACAAACAAAGAUUUGUCUUGGAGUACAAACUCCAAAGUGAGUCUGAAUGGACACUUAAAUGGACCAGUGACUGGUUUGAAGAUUUACAUCAAGAUCAGAAAAUGUUUUACAACAUCACAAACCUCGAGGCUAGCCAGGUGUAUGACAUUAGACUGUCAGCUGAGAAUGAACGCCCAAAAAACAAUGUUAGUGACUUUGUCAACAUAACAGCAAUGACAGCAAAAGAGGCUGAGAAACUAACUGGAUCUGGUUUUGGGAUUGGCGCAGCUGUUGGAGGUGCUGUUGGUUCUGUUGCUGUGGUUGGCGUUAUAGUGGUGCUGGUUGUGUUCUUUGUACGACGAUCACGAUUAUCAAGCAAAAACAAUAAUAAUCUAGCAACAACCACAUACGAAGGCAUAACUCUUAGGACUGUCGCCGCAGAAAACAGUACAGAUGAUGCACCACAGACCGGAGAUUCUGACCGCACGUAUGAAGGUCUUCAAGAACGGAGAGAUUCGGCACAAUACUCCAAACUCACCAUGUAUCAAAAUCUACACAGCUCUGAUGAUGCACCACAGACCGGAGAUUCUGACCGCACGUAUGAAGGACUUCAAGAACGGAGAGACUCGGCACAAUACUCCAAACUCACCGUGUAUCAAAAUCUACACAGCUCUGGUAAAUAAUGCGAAGUACAGCAACUUGAGAAGUUUAUCUACAUAACGAUGUAAAGAAGGCCCACGAUUUAGUGUUAUAAUAGAGCUUGAUAGUGAUAUGUGUGUAUGAGAGACAGAGAGAGAGAAAGAGAGAGAGAGAAAGAGAGAGACAGAGACAGAGAUAGAGAGAGAGAGAGAGAGAGAGAGAGAGAGAGAGAGAGAGAGAGAGAGAGAGAGAGAGAGAGAGAGGGGCGUCAGUAGAUGUUAUAUGUGUACUGUGAUGUUUCAUUAUUCAAAGACACAAAAUACAAUUUAUUCACGGGAUAGAGUUUGUGGGAAGGUCGAACAGAUCUAUUUCACAUACAGAAAAUAUAUUUGCACAAGUAUGCCGAAUGUCGAACUUCAAAUGGAGGUGUUUUCUCAUCGCUUGGAUUUUCGUCAGUCUCUCUCUCAUUUAAAUUUAAUUUGAAAUUAUCGAAUUGAUCGAAUUUAAUUACAACGAAAAGUACACUAGUAAAAAUACAGCUAGUUUCUUUUUAUUUCGUUUUCAUUUGUACUUUUUCUUGGGGAUUCACGUGUCAGGCAACGGCUUAUGCUGGGUGCAUCAAUUAUUUGGCAUAUGGUUGGACUAUAAGAUGGUUAAAAUGAUAUAUUAUUUGUAUACACAUAUUGUUUUCUGUAAUAAAGUCCUUAAUGUGUG